AUCUAAAAGAUCUGUGGUCUUUGCUUCAACAGGUUCUGAGCACAUGAGAAGGACGAAAUAAGAAACCAUACCUUUGAUCUGUUCGGAUAGGUAGGAAAAAAUCUACUUUCAGUCUGUACGUUUAACGGAGGUAGGAAAGACUUGGAUCUGUUUCGGAUAGACGAGAAGCAGCUAAAAUUCAUUUGAAUAAAAAAACUUUCUUAACUUUUUUCAAAUCAAAUAGGUGAAAACCAAAUUAGAAAAACCUUUUUUUUGAAAAUAGUUUGCUUAAUUAAUUAAAGCAAAAGAUUCGAUAUUCAUCCGUUAGACCGAAUAUUUUGCUAAAGUUUUAAAAAAACUUUUUUUAAUUUUUAUUUGUUUCUAAUUCUUAAAGGAAGGCUUUAUUACGCUCUAAAAUAAGUCUGUGCGUUGACUCUCAAGUGCUUAUAUUACUAUUCUCAAGUAUUUCUUUUAGAACCAGACAACUGUGAUGAAUUGCAUCAGCCAAAUUCACAACAACCACAAGAAGCUGAAAGUACGAAAAUAGAACAUUUAACCAGAAAACGACGCAUAAAAUUAACUUCUGUAGCGAAAGCCGUAAUCGAUCAAAAACAAUUAAAACUCUCACGUUUACCCUAA